AUGACCAUUGCUGCUGUCCUUGGCAUCCGGGCACUCGUGCUCUUCCUCGGAUUUGCUGGGACCAUCCAUGGCGCCGCCAUCCAACGACGUGCCUCUUCAGGAUGUUCUAAGCCGCACAAUUUCGUCGGACAGACGAGAGAGUUCAGCUUUGAAAGCAGCGGGGGAACGCGAACAUAUCGCAUUCAUCUGCCUUCCAGCUACAAGGUCGGAUCGCCGAUGCCGCUUCUGAUCGCCUAUCAUGGGUCCGGAAACAAUCCGACUGCUUUUGAGAGGGAGACCCGAUUCUCUGACGAGAUCAUCAACCCUAACAUGAUUACCGUUUACCCUGCGGGAGUCAAUAAAAACUGGCAAGGUCCAACCUACGCGACGCCAGGAGUGAGCGACAAGGUCUUUACCACCGAUCUCGUCAACCGCAUUAAGAACAACUACUGCGUCGAUGAAGCCCGUGUUUACGGGACAGGGCAUUCAAAUGGAGCCGGUUUUCUUGGGACCCUCGCCUGUUCCCCCGAGCACGGGGGCCAGUUUGCGGCCUUCGCCCCCAUCUCUGGCGCCUUUUACACAGACGUCUCCGGUGACGAGAACUGCCACCCGUCUCGCUCCCCCAUUCCCAUGUUUGAGGUUCAUGGCACCGCAGACCCGACCAUCUCGUAUGACGGCGGGCAGGGCCGUGGCGGCCCGUUGCCCUCGAUACCAGACUGGCUAUCUCGGUGGGCUCGGAGGAAUCGGUGCAGCACUUCUAACACCGAGGAUAUCGCUAAUGGGGCUCAUGACACAAAGUGGACGUGCGCCAAUAUUCCUGGCCUCCUUGAACAUAUCAAGAUCGACGGCCAUGACCACUCUUGGCCUGGACCAAACAACUCGCCGGUCGACGUCUCACCAUUGGUUAUCAAGUUUCUCUCCAACAACUAUAAGCCAUAG